UUGCGGCUUUGGCUGGCCGUCAGGGUGUCUCGUGAAGCUCAUCAGAAGAGACAACAACGCCUUGAGGAUUCCAGAUCUGCUUCAUACUCCGUGCUGAAAGACGGGACUACGACUCAAGGUCGAGGGAUCAAAAACCUCCGCAAGAUGGACAUGAUCUUGACGGACAGUAACGUCAUUUCACCACCAGACAGUAUGAAUGUACCUGAGCAUGAGCUUAGGUCACCUCAGUGGACACGAAGUAGCACCCCAAACAUGAGCCACAUUCAGAUUGUCUGGGCGCAAUUUCCUCGGUUCUGCGGCACGGAACACGACAUUACCCCCCGAGUCCACCUAUGUCCUCUGCAAAACAAUGCUAGAGACCCCGGCGAUAUAAUGGGAGGGCGACACCGUUCAGUCAUUGGCUACAAUUGUUGUAGUGAGAUUGCGCCAGGGACGCAAACUGCGUUGUUCGGUGCCAGAAAGGAGAAAGUAGAAGCUACAAUGCCUUACAUAUCCUUGAACACUGGCUUGCAAUCUACCUCUCAGGAAGUUACCGGUGGUGAGGAGCGGUUACGCGCUGACGAUUGGGCAUUCAUCAUCCACUUUCGGUGCAUGGGAGAAGCGACCGGCCCUCAAAUUCGUCCCGAGCUGCACGGGAUUCCUUGGCCUUCUGACUGACGAGUCUAGGUCGGGGAUAGUUUGAUAAUUGGUGGGUUUGAGAAGAGAGGGGUAGCAUGGAGGACACCGACUUUUGUAGAAACACUAAAUGCAAGCGCACGGCGGGUUGUCAUUUUGUGUAGGGUGUUCGGAAGCCAGGGUAGAAUAGUCA